AUGCGCAUCGUUUGUAUUGGAGCAGCACCAACAGGCUUGGGAGCUGCAUUCCGUCUCAAUGAAUUAAUCCAAGAAAAUCAUGAAAACGCCGAAGAUGUCGAGAUGGUGAUUCUUGAGAAGGAAGCCUACGCAGGAGGUCUUUCAUGUACAGUAAAGGAUGAGAAGGGUUUCCUCUGGGAUAUGGGAGGCCAUAUCACCUUCAAUCAUAACUUCCCUUACUAUGAGAAGGCGGUCAAGUGGGCAGUAGACGAAUGGAAUAGUCUUCAAAGGAAUUGCAUGGUA